AGCGGAAUGCGCCUGAGCAUGAUUUGCAGUUAUCAGCCAAUAAUUAUGUAAAAAUGUAGAAGAAAAAAGCUAAGAAGAAACGCGGCGAUGUUUGUGGCUGUUCAAAAAAUGUGAAUUGUUGUUAAAUUUGAUUGUUUCGGUUCUGAGAGAUCUACUCUUUGAAAUCAACUGCCUAGUGAGUCAAAUAGUUCCGAAUCGCUCAAACUAAACGAAAAAGAUGUUGAUGGCAAAUGUUAACGGGCCGUUAAUGCUGUUUUUAAUGCGAUCACAUUCUACAACAUUGAAAUGUGACUGGAUUUAUCAGUCUAAAGCAAGACUGUAAACCAUGACAAAAAAACAGAAGCCCCUUUUGGCCAAUGUUGUCCAUUUGUCCAAAACUAAAAAGAAAUUACAAAAUACCUACUCCUUUUUCAAGGUCUCAUUGAAGGCCAACAACACGGCCCUGGCUUUCGCUCUACAGACUGAGAAGCAGAAGCACACGUUACUACAGAAGGACAACAUGCACCUGAGAAAGGAAGUGGCGUCUGCACACUUUGAUUUGGCCAUCUAUAAGCACAAAUGCAGAGAACUGCUUCUCAUCUUGAAAAACCUUUAUCGCAACAGUCUCCAACAGUUGAACAUGGUGGUGGAAUUAUUCCCUGACAGUGAUCUCUUUGAACCAUCCGGGGACCACAACGUCUUCCGAACUGAACCCGACAACCCUCCAGUUGAAAACCUUCCAAGUUUGGCACCAGAUCUUCCAGAAGUUCCAAAGGAUUCAGAAAUGCAAGCAGGUAUUCUUGAAAACAACAUGCCGGCAGUCUUACCUGUCCCAAGUAGAGCAGAAACAGACAAAGAGAAAAGGUAUUCAAACCACCAAGCACUCCAGAGGAAGUCCGAACACCAGUCCAACAUCUUAAGGGAGGAAGUGAGUAGGGUGUCACACAGGACCUCUCAGUCUGCUUACGACAUCGACUCUUUACCGGGUCACCUGAGCGGCCAAACAUCUUCAGCAAUUAAUAUUGCUGGAACAUUGGGUCCCUCUGCUGAAGUCAACGCUCCUUGUGAUUUGCCAGAGAACACUGUAGUUUUCAAUCCAACCAUGGAAUUGACUCACAGCAAUGAUGCAGAAAUAGCCAUUCAUCAUUCCACAGAGCAAAAAAACUCGAAACUACCAAAACCCAAAUGCAACAAGAUAAAAGUGAGUAACUUGGUUGCAUCAAGUCUAGCAGACACUUCACAAGGUAUGGGUGGGACAAGUUGUGGUCUUAAUGAGCCGAUUAGCACCACCUCGGAUCCAGAAGGCCAAAUACUAGACAUUUCUAACAAGCAUUUCCAAGAUGAGUUUCAAAGUAAACUCGGGUCACAUAUUCCCAAAAGGGUAAAAUCCAGAGUUGAGAGAGAGAAAAAGGUGAAAAGCACCAAGUCAACAAUGGAUUCAGGUGAUUCUGUGUGUCUUGCCUUGGGUGAUUAUCUCAUGGAUGAUGACGUCUUUUCCUUUAAACCCAACAAGAAAGAGACUUUCCCUUUCGAGAAAGACCCUUUCCCAAAAACAAAGUCAAAAGUCACAUACAGGAAGCCCAGAAAUAAAAGUCAGACAAGUUCUUUGAUCCACAGUGUGGCAACAGUGUUGUCACCUCAUGACCAAAAUAAUGGUGGGUCCAUAGUGGACCACAAUGACGGAGCAGACAAUUUUGAAACUGUACAAUUUGAGGGAGCAAGCUAUCCCACUGGUGGAAAUGAAUCGCAGAUAAACGCAGAGUCUUCCACAAAGUCUCAAGGACAUUCCAACUCAAGAUGCAGGGGAACAUUUGUUAUAUCUGCGGAUCACACUGCACACAUCAGAGAAGAACUUGGACUGUUGUCAAAAGAUAAGGACUCCAGUUUGCAUAUUGAAGAAUCCUUGGACUCUCGGGCAGCGACCAAAGAUGCCGGUUCUGUCACAGCAAUGCCAAGCUCCUGCAAGCGUCCUUGGAUGUCCACUCAGGAUCCAGGAAGCCUUCCAGGAGACUUGUAUGGCAGUAAUAAUAAAGAAAAUGUACUGCCACUGGAGGAAUUCUCGGUUGCAGGUCAUGAGUUUCAGAAGCCCAAAAAAGCGAGGAAGGAGGUCUCAAGCAGAUGCGGAAGGAAAAAAUCCCAAUCUUCUAAUGAUGUUGUGAAGGACAUGAACAAACAUCUCCAUGGCAAAAGCGUUUGUCCCGCAGAGCACGUGGCUAGUCUUGCAGAAUCCACUGACUCCCCUGACUUUUUAUUCUUGAAAGACAUCUUCCUAUUGGAUGAAGAUACCAACAGUUCUAAAUCAGACUCCAGGGUGGAUAAGAAUCCUAAAUGGUACCGAAAUAAGUUCAAACUCCCUUCAGUGGGUAACACCAACAGAAAUCCCAGAAAGACAUUCUUCCUUUCCAAUCCGGAAAUGCCUCCCAUAAACAUGUCGAAAGAGAUGACUGAAGGUGAAGGAGCUCGUCAGCAUUUGGGUGACCUGCUCAUUGAUGAGAUACCACCAUCGUUGAACAGCUCCAUUGCAGACACCGGGCCAGGCUCUUUAACUUGUAGUCCUAAACGACAACCCGCAAAUGGGCAGCAACUGAUGGAGGAGACCACCUUGAUCACCCCUGUCUCUUCUCCUGCAGGUAGAGUCUUAAUGUCAGUCACCAACAACCAUGCUAGCCCAUGUAAAGAGAACCAGGGUAGAAGCAAAAGAUGCAAGGACGCCGUGAGUUACAAAGAACCAUCCCUGCGUAGCAAAAUGCGACGUUGAAUUUACAGAUGGUUCCUAAACUCUCCCGUUUCUAAAGACCACCAGAAGAAGUCACAAGUGCUCCUUUGCAAAAACUGAUUUUCACUUUCUUACUUGAUUGAUACUUUUAUGUUGUUGGCUUUAAUGCACAUUUAGUGAGUUUAAUAAAAAUGGUUUAUUGUUAAGGUUAA